AUAUGUUAACUUUUUAAAAAUUUUUUAAUCACUUGAAGUCUGAAUUUCAUUGAUUUAAUCUCUGUCUUGCAGUGAGAUACUGUUCUUGUGUUUUUCCCCUUAAGGUUUUGAUACAUGUCCUCAACUUUAAUACUAGUUCAAACAUACUUUGUUCAGAAAAGCUGAAAGUCCUCUUCCCUUGUUAAUAGAAUACUGUACUUGUUCAUGCCAUAAUUGCACCAUUUGUAAAAUAGGCAUAAUGAUAUUAACUUCUUUUCAGAAAGCUCUAUGAAAAGUUAUAUAAUACUGCUUUCUCUGUAUAGAAAGAAUUAGGUGACUUUAGUAACCUUCUAUUAUUUUGUCUUUGAAUUGGUAGAUAAAUCUGUUUUUCUGGUUUCACUGUGAACUUGCCAUGGAAAUGUCUGGGCUAGAGAUUAACUCUUCGCUGUAAGAAGUAGUGCUGAUGUGUGUUAUCCCCAAGGUUUGGAGUAUUCUUAUCCAGGGUUUUGGUUUAGACCCAUCUUUAGUCUCUAUGAAUCCUAAACAAUGAUAAUAAAAAUGUUUUUUUUCUUUUUGUUCUUGGGUAAUUUCCAGAAAAAGAGUGAAACCUUUCCUCUAAAGCAAGCACCAGAAAUCAUUGUUUAGUUUGGAUUUUUUCAGUAGUUUACAAAUCUGAGUGCAAUGUAGAGAUGUUAUUCUAAUCUAAAGCCUGAACAUUCCUUGGAAAAAGAAAAUCACGUGGUUUGAUUAGACUUCUCACUUCUCUGCCAGUGCUCAGAGACUAGCAGUGUGCUGGAAAGAGGCAUUUCCCGGGGUGAGAGCGACUGAUCCGUACUAGCUCACUGCCUUCGCUCGCCAUGGAAGUGUUCCAGCAUCAGCUACUCACUCUUAUUGGGGGUCUGAUCUGUUUCUGUACGCUGGUAAAAUGCAUCAGAUUUAUGAAAUAUAUUUUCCCACAUAUCUGGAGUGCUUUGCCUCAGACUUUCUUUCGGUCGCUGGGAGAAUGGGCAGUGGUCACAGGAGCAGGAGAUGGGCUUGGAAAAGCGUAUUCCUUUGAGCUGGCAAAACGUGGAUUAAAUAUAGUUAUGAUAAGCAGAACUCUUGAAAAACUGGAGAGAGUAGCCUCUGAAGUUGAGCAGGCCACGGGUCAAAAGGUGAAAGUUAUACAAGCUGAUUUCACUAAAAAUUCAGUAUACGAGAACAUUGAAAAAAGUCUACAAGGCUUGGAUAUUGGUGUUCUGGUUAACAAUGUUGGAAUGCUUCAUAAUCCUCUUCCAUGCCGUUUCCUUAAUGGACCAGACAUAGAUGAGAACCUUGUCAACUGCAAUAUUAUUUCUGUUACAAAGAUGACAAAAAUGAUUUUGAAACAAAUGGAGCCAAGACAGAAAGGUCUUAUUCUGAAUCUGUCCUCUGGUCUGGGUACUUUCCCUUGUCCAUUAUACACAAUGUACUCAGCUUCUAAGGCUUUUAUAAGCACUUUCUCCAAAGCACUACAAGCAGAGUAUAAGGCAAAGGGAAUUAUCAUACAGGUAGUGGCUCCUUACAGUGUUUCUACUCCAAUGACAAUGUACCAAAAACCCGGUCUUAUUACAAAGACAGCAGAAGAGUUUGUUAGUGAAUCACUGGAUUAUGUCACCUUUGGAGAUGAGAUUUUUGGAUGUUUAGCCCAUGAAAUGCUGGCAUGUGUCCUGCAGUUCGUCCCUUUAUGGGUAUUCCACAGCGACAGAUUUCAAGAAGCAGUCCUGAAUGCAUUUACCAGUUAUCUGAAGAAGAGGUGGAGAAACCCGUAACAGUAAUUUUUUUCAGAAGAUGUGCAACAGGAAACCCCAGCAGGAUGCAUUUUACUGUGUCUCUGUGUGUGUGAAUGUGGAAGGAAUCAAAUCGGUUUGAGCCAUAGCUCCAUCCAAAUCACCUAUCAAGUGAUAAGUGAUUUGAUCCAAUGAAUCUAUUAAGUAAAUUCAUUUCUGUCCCUUUCCAAAGACCAUAAAAUUUGCUAGAGCUGUUCCAGUGACUUCUGUGGGCCUUAGAUAGGUUCUAAGAAAUUUAUGUUACUAUUUUAACAUAAGCUUGGAGGCCACAAAUAUUUACGCUUAUUUGUUGUUCAUGAAUAAAACAAUAA